AUGAUAUACAAUUCGAUAUACUAUUCAAUAAGCAACCCUAUCAACAGCAGAGACAAUAAGAGUUCACCCUUGACCCUCGACUGCCCCGUAACCCUCGACUACCCCUUGACCCUCGACUACAACCUUUACUACCGAUUCAUUCGACUCGACCCUUACCCAACCCAUUGGUUCAUCGACAACCCUACGUACCACCCAUCUUCGAACACCGCGAACCUUAAGGACGAAGAGCAAAUAGAAGAGGUAGAAGCGGAAGUGAUGAUAGUAGAAGCAACCAUACGGAAGACUCUUAUCGUAAAGAUAACUACAAAAGAAGUAGAGGAGGCGGUAGAAGAGGAGGUGGAGGAGGAAGUAGAAGAGGAGGUGGAAGAAGAGGUGGUAGAAAAGGCGGAGGUAGCAAUAGAAAAGACCCUGACCAAUUAG